ACAAACGGCUCAAUCGUGGACCAGUCGCAUUUUAUUCGAUAAAAACAAAGAAGAUAGCCCACAAAGAGUAAAACAUGAAAAGCCACGUCAUUCUUACUUGACAAUGUGCAUAUACGCAUAUGAUUAGCUAAUAAUUAGCCAAUACAACUAUAAAAGUUUGACGGAGAGUUAUGCCGUCGAGUUACUCUGUGAUUUCCAGACAAAUCAGUCUCACCUCCCACUCCUUGGGCAGAUUUCAAAGUCAUCCACCAUGAAGUUUUUCAUCUCCUUGAGUUUCUCGCUCCUGAUUGCUAGCGCCUCAAUUCAAGCUUUCAGUAUUCCGUCCAACAAAGCCGGAUGUUCCAUCAGUUUGGACGGUGGAUCAGGUUGGCCGAGCCAACCGCCUGUGAUAACAGAUGAAAAUGAUGACUUUGUCUUGCCCGAGGGUUCCACCAGCGACGGCAAUCGCUACAUCGAGGCCGAAACUGGGGAUGUCUUCAAGCUGGCGUGUCCUGGUUCGUCUCUGUCCUCGCUUGGGGGCGAAAUGGCCGAGGCCAUUUGCGUAAGUGGAACCGAUUUUAGUGUGGAUGGAGAGACUUUUAGUUUUUCGAGGUUGGGCUGCAACUCCCAACCGAAGGAAGACACCAACGACUUGGGAACGGCGUGUGGACCCAACGGAGAUGGAGAGGAGAUUCAAAUUGGAUAUCCCACUUUGGGUGGAUUUCAGGAGACCAUCAGAGUAUGCUUUAACCGUGAAGAAGCUCGAAGCUAUUACUCCACUCAUAUCAUCUACCGAAAUAUCAUUGCUCGUGAUAGUGGGAACGAUCGACCAAGUUUCAAGGCCGACGAGUACUUUGACUUUGAUGUGGAUGAGGCUUACAAACGGGACAACCAAGAAGUUGUUAUUCAACAACUGACGGGGAUCUCGUCUUACAUUGACAAUGGCGAGUAUUUCAUGUCCCGAGGUCAUUUGGCGCCAAACGCUGACUUCGUCUACUAUCAUUUCAUGGACUCGACAUUCCACUUCAUUAACGUUGCUCCGCAAUGGCAGAUAUUCAAUGGCGUUCAUUGGGCUCAAUUGGAACAAUCUUGUCGAGAUUUUGUGGGCGGAAUCCAAAGAGACCUAAUCGUUUACACUGGAACCAGUGGUACCUUGGAAUUGAAGAACACUCAGCAAACUUAUGUGGAAAUCUUCCUCAUGCCCGAGGACAAAAUCUUGGCCCCACCAAAGUAUUACUGGAGAGUGCUCUUCGAUCCCUUGGAGAACGCUGGAGUGGCUUUCGUGGGUGUCAAUAACCCCUACCUUAUGGAGGACGAGGUCAACGAUUUCACCGUGUGCACUCCACUCAAUAGUCAUCCAGUCAUGGACGGUGUCAAUAAUCCCACCCGAUUGGACUACGGCCUGACUUAUGCUUGCACGGUCGAAGACCUGGCUGCAGUUUUCCCAGAAGUACCAGAACUUGGAAAUCUGGGCCUAUUGACUGAAUGUGGGAACGAUCGACCAAGUUUCAAGGCCGACGAGUACUUUGACUUUGAUGUGGAUGAGGCUUACAAACGGGACAACCAAGAAGUUGUUAUUCAACAACUGACGGGGAUCUCGUCUUACAUUGACAAUGGCGAGUAUUUCAUGUCCCGAGGUCAUUUGGCGCCAAACGCUGACUUCGUCUACUAUCAUUUCAUGGACUCGACAUUCCACUUCAUUAACGUUGCUCCGCAAUGGCAGAUAUUCAAUGGCGUUCAUUGGGCUCAAUUGGAACAAUCUUGUCGAGAUUUUGUGGGCGGAAUCCAAAGAGACCUAAUCGUUUACACUGGAACCAGUGGUACCUUGGAAUUGAAGAACACUCAGCAAACUUAUGUGGAAAUCUUCCUCAUGCCCGAGGACAAAAUCUUGGCCCCACCAAAGUAUUACUGGAGAGUGCUCUUCGAUCCCUUGGAGAACACUGGAGUGGCUUUCGUGGGUGUCAAUAACCCCUACCUUAUGGAGGACGAGGUCAACGAUUUCACCGUGUGCAGUCCACUCAAUAGUCAUCCAGUCAUGGACGGUGUCAAUAAUCCCACCCGAUUGGACUACGGCCUGACUUAUGCUUGCACGGUCGAAGACCUGGCUGCAGUUUUCCCAGAAGUACCAGAACUUGGAAAUCUGGACCAAUUUGAAAGCUGCGUCAUCAGGCCAGAUCAGGCAUGGGCUGCUUUCCCGUCCAUCUUUCUGGAUUCGACCGGGAGCUUUUUGUGGCCUUCAGGCUCUAUUUAUGACCAAAACAGGACAAUUUCGGUGCCCUUGGGAGCGACUCUACAACUGUCUUGUGUGGGGACCACAUUUGAAAUUUUCCCUCUAGCCGAAUUCGCAACUGCUGAAUGUUUGGGCGGCGAUGAGUUUGAGGCCAAGACAAGCAACGAUGAUCCUGUUAUUGUUCCAUUCGACAAGUUAGGUUGUGUCACUCAACCAGUUGACGAUGCCACAGAUCAAGGAAACCUUUGUGGAAGACUGAAUGAGGGCUUGGCCAUCGAUAUCGGCUUCGCCAUGGAAAACUCUUUUGCCACGCUUAUUCAGGCUUGUCUGGAUGUGGAGGCCUCGCGCUCAAUCUUCGCCCAUCAUGUCCUCUAUCCCGAAAUCAGAGGGCGGUCAAAUGUGUCAGGGAACGAACGACCAUACUACUUCCAGCCGGAUGAAUACUAUGGCUACGAAAUUAAUGAAUACUACACGCAAAUCAAGCAGAAAGAAACAGUGGCAAGCUUGCUUGGAUCUCAAGCGUUGGCAGAUCAGUACAUUCGUCCAGAUGAGUACUUCUACUUUUCACGCGGGCAUCUGGCCCCUAAUGCGGAUUUCAUUUACUUCUCGCACCAAGAUGCCUCGUUCUACUUCAUGAAUGUAGCCCCACAAUGGCAGGUAUUUAAUGGAGGGAAUUGGUACUAUUUGGAGAGUGCAGUUCGGGAUUUUGUUGAGGCCAAAGACAAACCUUUGCAUCUUUACACUGGUACCAAUGGCGUUUGCCAACUUGAGGAUGUCAACGGCUCCAAGGUGGAGAUCUGGUUGUAUCCCGAGGAGAACAAAAUUCCUGUCCCUCAGUACUAUUGGAAAGUUCUGCAUGACCCUGAAACGAAAACUGGGGUGGCCUUCAUUGGCAUCAACAACCCUUAUCUUACCGAGGAGGAAAUUGAGGUUCUCAAACCUUGCCCAACAAUUGACAACCACCCCGUUCUGGACGGCAUUUUCCAUCCAGAGAGCAUUGAAAAGGGUGUCCUGUUUGUUUGUCAAGUCAACGAUAUUGAUCAGAUAUUUCAAGAAAUUCCAGUGCUCGGGGAUCUUGAGCUUUUGAUUUAACGAAUCAGAAACUUAUAUCAGAAAUGGCAGUUAACGGAGUUAAUAAACACAAUACUUCACUA